CGACUCCCUCUGACCUGAUUGGCUUGUUGCGUAUGGUUUGUCCCUUUGGAGAUGACCUCAUCAAUGAUGUCAUCUCGUUUGGUGGAAACGGUUAUGAUUAAUGUGGACGACUUUGCAGACAAUUUUUUAACCUGUGGCACGUGUUUCAGUGGUUAUAAUUCUAAUGAACGUGCUGCCAAAUUAUUACCUUGUUCACAUACAAUAUGCCGUUCAUGUUUAGAUCGAAUUGUCACAAAUGAAACUCAAUCAGAGACAUUUCGUUGUCCAAUUUGUCGAGAGAAUAUUGCUAUUCCAUCAGGUGGUGCAGCUUCAUUUCCUCCAGCUUUUAUAGUCAAUCAAUUAUUAGAUUUACUUGCUACUCAUCGUCGAGAUGUUGUACCUAAAUGUUGUAUACAUCCAUCACAAGAAUUAUUGUUUUGUGAAACUUGUGAUAUUGUAUUUUGCAGUGAAUGCCGUGGUCGUAAUCAUGCUGGUUCAAAUCAUUUAAAUGAUUUAUCAUGUUUACCACCAGUGAAUAAUGAAAAUCAAGAUACUACUACUACUACUACUAUUACUACACAAGUAGACAGUUCAUCGUCAAAUACUGGUCUAAAUCAUAAUGUGAUCACAUUCAAUGUUGCAUUAAAACGUUGUUCAGAAAUUAUGCUUUAUAAAAUGCAUUUAUGUACUCAAGAGUUGAAUUGUGCUCAAGAAGCUGUAACAAGUGAAUUAGAACGUUUAACAAGUAAUACAAGUUCAUGUGUUGAAUCUAUUAACUCACGUUUUUCUGAAAUAUUGGCAUUGGUUGAACAUCGUCAAGGCGAAUUAUUGGACAGUGUAAAACGACUUGGGGAAGAGAAACGACGUGCUUUAACCGAUCAACUUUCAUUAAUUGAAACAGAAAGAGAUUUAAUUCGUACAGAAUGUGAUCGUCUUAAGGGUGUUAUGGAUGUACGAAGUAUUACAAAAACAAUAACUUACUUAAAUGAUAAAUUAGAUUCGAUUAGUGGUUUGACUGAACCACGUGAGAAUGCCUUCCUUUGUUAUCAAGAUUGUGUUGGUCCAUACAAUCAGCAUAAUCAUAUGAAUAACAUGUGUUGUACAGCUUCAAAGCGUACUAUAUGUUCAUCAUCUCCAUCUGUUUCCUCAGGAAACUACUCUGGACCAUCAAUUACAAAUUACAAUGAAUCUGAUUCACAUUCCUCUCCAUCUCAUCGUAGUCAUCAUCAUCAUCAUCAUCAUCAGCAGCAGCAUCAUCAUCAUCAAAGAUUAAAUGGUGGUUCUUCUACAACUCUUCAAUCUUCUCCACAUCAAGUUAGUCUUCCUGAUAUUGCUCGUUGCCUUGCUGGUUUUGGUCGUCUAGUUAUUAGUACAACAUAUCCUGCAUUAUGUACUGCUCGUUUACCAAAUGAGAUGUUUACUCAUUUGAAUGCUAAAUGCACUAUUCAAGCAGUUGAUUAUCAUGGUCGUCCUCAAGUAAACAGUGGUACAGAUCCUAUUGAAGUUGCUUUUACUGAUCCACGAGGUUAUUUAGUUCCAACUGAUAUAUUAGACAUUGGAAAUGGUUGUUAUGAACUUAGCAUGAUUACACCAUUUUCUGGUCUUCAUAAAUUAUCUGUAAAAAUUCUCAACAGACCAAUUCGUGGUUCACCUUACAGUGUUCAUGUUAAACCAACACAAAAACGUAUUUGGUUUUUAAAAGAAGGUUUCGAUGGUCGAGGAUUGAUUCAACCAUUCGCUGUAGCCAUUGGACCUUAUCCUAUUCAUUCUUCUGAAGUUUCAUCAGAUACUUCACAAAAUGAUAGUUCAACUCCCGGUGAUUUUGUUUAUGUUUUGGAUACAGGGAAUAGUCGUUUGUUAGUACUUAAUCCUACAGAUGGUUCACUUCAUACUACUGUGUCUGGUGAACCAUUAUCUGGUCAAGCUGCAACUGGUAUGGUAUGGUCACCUCAAGGUUUAUGGAUUGUGAAUUGGCGUGCUAAACAACUGUUUCUUCUGGAUCCAGCUACGGAACAGGUACUUUCAUCCGUGUCAAGUCCUUUAUUCAAAGAACCAACUAGUAUUGCUAGAUGUCCUUUAACAAAUCGUUUAUUUAUUGCUGACAAUGGAGCUGGUUGUGUAUUUGUAUGUGAUCCGGUAACAGGUUCUGUGAAUAUGUUCAUUGAAACAAAUACCACAUCUAUUAUUAACACACAUAGUAGUAGUAAUACAAACACUCCAACUAGACAUAAUACUAUGAUGAUUCGAACUGAAACUAGUUCUCAUUUACCUCAACCUAAAGUUUGCAAAUUAAUCACAGGAUUAUGUGUAGCCGACUCUGGUGAAGUAAUUCUGUCUACAGGAACGUGUAUACGAAUAUUUUCAUCAGAUGGACAUUUCCUUUCUGAUUUAUUGCCUCCAAGUCAACCAGGUGAUGAUCAUUUCCGUACUCGUAUUUCAACUCUACCAUCAAGAGCUUCAUUGGAUACUUCGUAUUUUAAUGCAUUGAAUAAUCCAGAUUCAGAAAGUGUCAAUCCUGAUUCUUUAAGCUUAUCUGAAACUCGUCAUCCAAGUGGUCCAUCUAAGUCACGAAUUCCUUCAUCACGUGGCCAGUUCGGUGGUGUGUCAUUCAGCACUGUACCAACUGAAUCUCCUUCUUCUAAUAAUAAUAAUAAUCUAACUGAUAAACUAGGCAGAUGUAUCUUAGCAACUUAUUCCGAUAGACAACGUUCUGGUGUUGUCGUUUGGCCUGAAGCAUUAUGGACUUCCAGUUGUCGACAAUCUGUUCGCGAAGUGGAUGACAAUACUAAUAGUAGUAAUAAUGAUACAAUCUCGAAUACUACUACUGCUACUACUUCUACCACCUCUAAUGUCCCUAGUGGUAGUAGCAACACCACCCAUAACACCCGUUUCUCUAUAGUCGACUCAAACUUGCAAACGCAUACUUGUGCAAUUUUUUGUCCUUUAAAUCGUAAUCGAUACCUUUUCAAACCAUAUUUACUUGAAGUUGAUCCACCAUUUCGACGAUUGGCUGGUUUAGUUAGUUUGUCAAAUUGUCGAGAUGUGAUUGUUGUUGAUCAAGGUGCUCAAAAUAUUUCUAGAAUUCAUUAUGCUUAAAUUGAUUCAUUCAAUUGUUUCUGCUGUUCAUAUUUUUUUUGUGUGUUUUGCUCCGUUCUCUUUGAAAUCCUCUCUCACACACACACAGACACACACAUUAAUGCACGCACAAUAUGUGAUAUACAUACAUACAGACUUAUUUAUGAAUAUGCAUAUUAUUCCAACCCCCACCCUCACCAUCCUCCAAAAAACAAACAAACUUAUGUUUAUUUUACCACAAAAGAGCUGCCAUUCUGUCAGUACAUGAUGAGCUCGAUUGAAUGCUUCGUACAAUUGGAUAACGUGAACUCAUCGAUAAGAUCACAUCUAUGAAUACUAGUAGUACUAUUAUACUCAUGGAUAUUAUAUGCAUAUUCUUUAUAAGAAUAAAUGUUUAUUUUCCAAAAAAGACUCAAUCUAUUUUAUUUUUCUGUUGUUAUCAUUGUAGUUUUCAUUAGGUGUAAUUAUACAUAUACACACGCAUAGAUAGAUAGAUAUGUUUACGUCUAUGUAAUGUACAUUUAUGUUUAGGAGAACAGUUGUCUCUAUCUCUCUCUCCCUCCAUUUAUUCUAGUUUCAUGUUUUACUAUCCCACCCCGCCCCGCUCCCCUCUCCACACCUUAUACUUGUCAAUAAAAUUGUAAUUAUGUUAAUAUCUCUUCGUUAAACCACUGUAAUUCUCUCCUAUUUUCCGUAUAUUCAACGUACACAACUAUGAUUCAUUAUAUUUUGUAGUAAGUAGUAUGUUGUUGUUGUUGUUGAUUGUUUUUGAAUUUUUCUUUUAAUGUUCAUCUCUCUUCUUCUACUUUUCUUAAACUAACCAUUCACCUUCUUGGUGUUAUGAAGCAUCAUUAUCAGUCAACAUUUAAUGCGUUUUGCAUCAUCCUCUUCAACUGUACCAUUUUUUUUCUCGCCCUGUUUAUUCCUCCUGUUCAAAAAGUUAAUUUAUUUAUGAUUUUUUAUUUUGACAUCACAUCGUCAUACACAUUUUGUCAUUAUUUUGUUGUUCAACAAAUACAUAUUAGUAGUAGUAAUAGUAGUAGUAGUAGUACCGAAAGUGAUUUUUUUCGAUUC